GUCAGUUCUUCUUGAGCGGCUUUCGCGAUAGCCACGUUCUCUCGCCGUCACUGAGAGGCCCGCCACGUGUUUUUCUUCGCGAGACGAGUUUGUUUUCUUGUCGGUUUCAGGAAAGUGCCACUAUUCGCAGGAUGAGUAGCAGGAAACUCGGCAGCUGAUAGAGGCUAAACCAUUUCCGCCUACGACUCCUCGGUUAUCUCGGGAUCCAGUCCAUAUAUGCGUGUGAAUAAUGAGACUGAAGAGUGACAAUCGAGCUGGUGCUAGUUUGUGCCCCAGGUCGAGGCACAUCGUCCACCGGAAUGCAGAACACCACCGAUGAGGAGCUAUCCAGCGAUGGGAGGCCACGAAGAAGCGGACUAUCCAGAUCGCGUAGCUUGCCGCAGCUCUCGCACCACGAUUCUGGUCUUGGGAGCUACUAUGGGGGUUCUGGUGUCGACGAUGCCCCAGUUAGUCGAGCUGCAAGGCUUGUCGCAGACUUGCGUCAGCUGUUGACAUUAAAGCAACAUUACUAUCCAGAAGGUGGUUGGGGUUGGGUAGUUUUAGUUUGCGCGGUUUUCGUCCAUAUCCUGGGACAUGGAAUGCUCACCUGUAUCGGACUUUUCUAUCUGGAAAUCCUCAAAAAGUUCGGAACGCACGAGAAAAGUUCUGCUGGAUGGCUGGGAGCGAUGUCGACAGGUGUGGCUCUCCUUAUUUCCCCCGUGACGAUCGCCUUCUGCAGACGCAAGUCCACCAGAGUAACGGCCGUCAUGGGAGGGCUUAUCACUGCCCUGGGAUGUCUCUUCACUUCCUUCGCCACGCAGUUUCAUCAGCUAUUUUUCAGCUACGGCACGGUGGUGGGCAUCGGAGUCGGGAUAACACGGGAUUGCUCUACGUUGAUGGUGGCACAAUAUUUCAAGAGGAGACGGGAAUUUGUCGAGAUUUUUAUUGUAUCGGGGAGCGGACUCGGGAUCGCCAGCAUGUCGUUGGUCAUUAGGAGUUGCAUAGAAGCCUUGGGAUGGAGAUUAGGUCUGCAAGUAGUGACAGGCGCAAUUUCGGUAACUUUUAUUCUGGGUACCUUCUACCGAUCAGCCUCUUUGUACCAUCCUCAACGAAGAGCCAUCCUCCAUAUCAAGAACCAAAAGAGAAAGAUCAAAGACAAGAAUAAGAUCGAAGACAAAGUCCCUUUCUUUGACUUCAGCACUUUGAAAAGUAAAACCGUCCGUAUUCUUCUGAUUUCUACUGGAAUCAGUGCCUUUGGUAUCAACACUCCUCUCUUCUAUUUGGCCUACCAAGCUGAAGUCGAAGGUCUCGGAGAUUCGACGAUCUUCUUGCAGGUUUACUUGGGACUGGCUUGGACUGUAGGAUGCGUAGUGUUCAGCACGUUGGUGCUGCACAAUUCUACUGAAUGUCGAAUUGCCAGGCAGUACCUCUGCCAGACUGCAGUGUUCAUGUGCGGGCUUUCAAUACUGGCCUUCACAGUGGUCAGUGGAAAUUAUCACGCUUACGUAAUGUUUGCCUGGAUCUACGGUAUAUUUUGUGGGGGAUAUCACUAUUCGCUAAAGAUGUAUACGUACGAACGAGUGAGGGCUCGAAACUUUGCCAGGACUUGGGGGUUCGUGCAAUGUUCGCAAGCAAUACCCAUCGUCAUUGGGGUACCUUUUUCCGGUUAUAUGAAUGAAAAAUGUGGGGACCGAGCGGGCUACUACUUCAGCUCUACAUGCGUACUAGUAGGCAGCUUAACCUUGUUCCUCAUAGACCUUCAUAGAAGGAAAAUAGCACGUCACAAGCAUACCAGAGAAAACGGUACCCGUCACCUCUGCGUUUCCGAAACCUGUCCGCAAAGACGAAAGCUGUCGUUCACCCAAGAACCAGACAAUAAUGACGGAGCAGUCACCAUGGGUGCCGCGGCGGCUGCUUUAGUACUGGGAGCGGAUCUGGGGGGAAAUCAGGGGGGUGGAUUGUUGGAUAAUAUAAUUCUGUCCAAUGAGAAGCCUGAGUUGACGUGUAUUUCUGAAGAAGGAAUAGCAGACAUGGAUCUUCCAGACAACCUUCUGGACGAUCUAGACUAUAUAGGAGACUGUAUUACUUCGUGUAACAAAGUAGAAAAUUAUUUAAUGCUUAGCGAGUUCGAAAAUAAUCUAAUAGCGGAAAUGCCUGUGAUAUUAGACAGGAAAGGUCGACGUUGGUCCUUGGCGAGAUCCAAACCGACUCAGAAUAACGAAGAAUCCACCAAUGAAGAGGAAACUAACGGCGUCGCCAAAGGAAACGGGAAAUGGAAAGUUUUUCCCAAUAGGGUUAUCACAGUUAUAGAUGAAUCUUCGGUUUAGAUCGAUCGUUCUUUAGAGGUCAUAGAAUAAUUACGGAUCAAAUAUUUGGUAUUUAACUGUAAAUUUGGUUUAAGCAGUGUUACGGAAAAAUAACUCUGCCAAUUAUUGUAACUCUAAUAAUCAAAACUAAGGGAAAUUACUUCUUCCUUCAGAGGUUCAAAAUGAAUUUACUAACCAAUAAAUAAUCUGUAUGGGCGCCAGGUAUUCAUUUAUCAGCCUGUGAAUACCUACAAAUAUUUAAAUAAGUAACUCAAUCUCAAAACCAAAAAGAAAUAUGACAUUCUUUCACGGUUUUUGCUGUAAAUUUUAAAGAACCGCUUGGAUUGACAUGAACUGUGGCAUACGUAUAGCUAACAUGUCAUAGAAAAAAAGUGAUAUGGUGCCGAUGUGUGCUUUUGCCCUGGGGGUGAGUUUCACCCCAUCUCGGAGGUGAAAAAAUAUAUGUUCAAGAUAAGUCCCGAAAUGGAUAAACUGACUAAUUUAAGCACCUUUUGUUCUAUAUAGGUUUUUCACCAAAUCAAUACUUUUCGAGUUAUUUGCAAGUGAAUAUGUUCAUUUUUCAACAAAAUAACCACGUUUUUAGACGGUUUUUCGUAAAUAACUCAAAAAGUAACCAUUUUGUUGAAAAAAUAUUCUUGGCAAAACUAUAGCCUAUAAAGAAUUGAAAAAAACAGUGUAUAUAUUAGGUCUCUAUACCUAGCAAAAGCAGAGUUAUAGCUAAGGAGAAAUAGGUUCAUAUUCGAAAAAUUCCAAAUAGAAUAAUUCAACGUGAAAUGUCCAAAUAAUCAAGCAUUCUUGGGGAAAACACAUUACAACUUUUUAAAGUGUUUAAAAAAAGCUUUAUUUCUGUUUUUAUAAAAAAAAUUUCUAGCAUCAAAUUUAAGCAAGUUACGCUCAAAAUGAAGUUGGUCCCUUUUGUUUUGGCAAAAAAAAGCAGGACCACCCCCCAAUUAGCAACUUUGAAAUUAAUCGUUACCGCUUCACAAGUUGCUUUACUUAUGUUGUGUUUAUAAUAUGAUCUGUAAGUUUCAUCGAUUCAAAGUGCUUAUUUUUGAAAAAAUUUGGUUUUAAAGUAAAAUUUUUAAAAAUUUUAAUUUUGAAAAAAUGCUUUUUUUU